AUGCCCACAAAUCUUUCUCAGUGCUCAAACCUUGAGGUUUUGAAUCUCAUUGAUAACCAACUUGUGGGAAAAAUAUCUCAUGAGCUUGGCUCUUUGUCAAAGCUUCGAGAUUUAUUUUUGGCUAAAAAUAGUCUUACAGGAUCUAUUCCUCAUUCUAUUGGAAAUCUCUCCCAACUUUUGUCUCUUUCCGUUGGACGUAAUGGGUUGCAAGGAGAGAUUCCCAAGACAUUGUCCAAGCUUCGUGGUUUGAGGAAUGUUCAACUAGCAUUUAACCAACUCACUGGCAAGAUCCCACCAGCAAUCUUCAACAUGUCCAGCAUUAUCUAUUUUAGCGCUGGUGACAAUCAAUUGAGAGGGAGCAUUCCCCCUAAUAUCGGCGAUACUCUUCCUUCUCUUAGUUAUCUUGAUUUUCCUAGAAAUUUGUUUACUGGCAUUAUACCUCCGUCCUUAUCGAAUGCCUCCAACCUUCAGUACAUCUACUUUAACCAUAACAGUUUUCAUGGACCAAUGCCUGCAAAUCUUGGAAGGCUAAAAGCUCUUGAAGGAAUGUUUCUUAUGUCUAACCAGUUGCGAGAUGACUUCAGUUUUAUUACCUCAUUGACUAAUUGUUCAAUGCUGGAAAUUAUUGGGGUAGACCAUAAUUUUCUUGAGGGUCUCUUGCCGGAUUCCAUCGGCAAUCUUUCCAACAGCGUUAGACUAAUUGCUAUGUCAUCCAACGCAAUGUAUGGAACCAUUCCUCCAAGUAUUGGCAAUCUCUUCAACUUGUCUUUUCUUGGCUUGUCAAACAAUUCACUUAGCGGCCAUGUUCCUUCUUGUAUUGGAGCACUCUAUAACUUGCGCAAUUUGUACUUAAGCAUUAACAUGCUAACAGGAGAGAUCCCAUCGUCGAUCGGCAAUUUGACGUUAUUGAGUCUCCUUUACCUACCAUUCAACAACUUCUACGGGGAAAUACCGCAAAGCCUUGGUAACUGCAGGCAGCUAAUCGAGCUUGAGCUUUCAAACAAUAAUCUGAGUGGUCCAAUCCCGAGGGAGGUUCUUAGUCUUUCCACCAUUUCGAUUAUCUUCAACUUGGCACAUAACCAAUUGAGUGGAUCUCUUCCAUCCCAAGUUGGGUCCUUGACCAAUCUCGUGGAACUAGAUCUGUCUUACAAUAAGUUGACGGGACCAAUUCCUAGCUCCAUCAACAAGUGCUUGCUGUUGGGGCGGCUCAACUUAGCAGUCAAUUCCUUUCAUGGUGAAAUACCUCCGGCUUUAGGCACAUUACGAGGCUUACAAGAGUUGGAUGUUUCCCAUAAUGACUUAUCUGGGGAAAUCCCGAGCUUUCUCACUCAACUUACGAAUCUAAAGUACUUGAAUCUAUCUUCAAACAAGCUUGAAGGAAAAGUUCCGAAGCAAGGAGUAUUUCUCAAUGCUAGUGCAGUGUCCGUCUUUGAGAAUAGGAAUCUUUGUGGAGAGCUCUCUAGAGCCAUAGAUGGAUUCUCUGAGAACAAUGUGAUCGGUAAAGGAAGAUAUGGUACUGUCUAUAAAGGAAAUACAGAGGAACACAGCUGCAACGAUUUCAAAGUUCUCUUAUACGAAUACAUGGUUAAUGGGAGCUUAGAGAAUUGGAUACACAAGGGAAACGAAGAAGACGUUGAGCAUGAACAUGAACAUGGAAAGCCAGGACAUUUGGGACUAAUGCAAAGGUUAGACAUUGCCAUUGACAUAGCUUCCGCAAUCAAAUAUCUUCAUGAGGAUUGCAGCCCAAAGAUUGUACAUGGAGAUCUGAAGCCAAGUAACGUCCUUCUGGACAAUGAGAUGAUGGGACGAGUUGGGGAUUUUGGGUUGACGACAAUCAUCUCCGCUGCGACAACAGAGGUCAUGGACAUUGACGACCGUAGCAGAUCAAUGGCAGUGAGGGGUUUCGUAGGCUAUGUCCCUCCCGGACGACGUGAUGUCUCACAUCAACCUCGACGGCUUCUUCGGCGACCUCCCGAGACCGGCGACGUCAUCGGCGCUUACUCCUCGACGAUCGCGUCGUCGUCGUCUCCGGACUCGGGGCUCUCGUGGUUCGACGAGAUCGAGAACAUCCUGAUGAAGGACGAGGAUGUCCACGUGCUUGCUGAGCCGGGGGCUGAGCGGGCCGUGCCGGAGGGACUCGAGCUUCCCGCGGACCUUCGCUUCCCCGGCCCCUCGCCGCCGGCUUCUCCCCGCCUCCUGCAAGAUGCGGCAGCGCGGCCUCAGGUGCUCCGCUAG